UUAUAAGUGUCUGGAAGGAGUAAACUUCAACAAAUUUCAGUUUCCGAUCGAUCAACGAUGCGCCCUCCUCCUCUUCUUCUUCUAGUCUUCUUGCUUGCGUGGACCUGCUCCCUUCAAUGGAUCUGCUGUUUCGUCUCUUCUCAUGAGUUCCCAGUUGAUGGGUCCGUGUUGGAGCUCGACGAGUCAAACUUCGAUUCGGCCAUCUCUGCUUUUGAGUUCAUUCUCGUCGAUUUCUAUGCCCCUUGGUGUGGUCACUGCAAGAGGCUUGCUCCUGAGUUAGAUGUGGCUGCACCUAUACUCGCUGGACUGGACAAGCCCAUUGUGAUUGCAAAAAUAAAUGCUGACAAGUUCACUCGACUUGCAUCAAAAUACGAAAUUGAUGGGUUUCCGAUAUUAAAGCUCUUUAUGCAAGGUACUCCUGUGGAAUAUACAGGCCCAAGGAAGGCAGAUUUGCUUGUUCGGUUCCUGAAAAAGUUUGUUGCUCCUGAUGUUGCUCUUCUUGAGUCAGACUCUGCUAUUAAUAAAUUUGUUGAAGCAGCUGGCACAAAUUUUCCUAUAUAUAUUGGCUUUGGUUUAGAUGAAUCCAUAAUCUCAGGGUUGGCCACGAAAUAUAAGCAAAAAGCUUGGUUUUCAGUGGCAAAGGGUUUCUCAGAGGAAGUUAUGAUAGCUUAUGACUUUGACAAAGUUCCUGCAUUAGUCGCCAUCCAUCCAAGUUAUGAUGAGCAGAGCAUUUUCUAUGGCCCUUUUGAAGAGGAAUUCUUGGGGAAUUUUAUCAUUCAAAAUCUGUUGCCGCUGUCUUUGCCCAUAAACUAUGAGACACUAAAGCUGUUGAAAGAUGAGGAGAGGAAUAUUGUCCUUACAAUCGUUGAUGAUGAGACUGAUGAGAAAUCGUUAAAAUUAUUCAAGAUGCUCAAAGCUGCUGCGUCUGCAAAUCGUGACUUAAUAUUUGGUUAUGUUGGACUAAAGCAGUGGGAAGACUUUACUGAUACAUUUGAUGUCAAUAAGAAGACCAAACUGCCAAAAAUGAUUGUUUGGAAUAGAAAUGAAGAGUAUUUCUCAGUUAUAGGCUCAGAAAGUCUUGAUGAGGAGGAUCAAGGGUCCCAAAUAACACGAUUCAUUGAAGGAUACAGAGAAGGAAGAACAGAGAAGAAAAGCAUUAGUGGUCCAUCACUUAUGGGCUUCUUCAAAUCUCAGAUUGGCAUUAGACUGGUGUUUAUGAUCAUCUUCAUGGUAGCGGUCCUAAUUCUUAUCCUAACCAUUGGCAAAGAUAAGGAAGAUGAUGAAAGCAGCAGCACUGAAGCAUAUCAACCAGAUGACAAAGAGGAUUAGGAGACGCUUGAUGAUACUCUUGAUUUGGUUCCUUGGAGGAUAUCAAAGAAGCAAGAAUUCUCGCAGAAAGAAUUUUUGGUCUCUGCUUGCAAGGAAGGGGUGGUUCAAAUAAGAACUGCAAAUUUUUUCUUAUGUUUUCUUGCUAAUACAUACAAGAAGCCCCUAUUUAAUUUUAUGUCCAGCCUGCUGUUUCUGGGGUGAGCCCUUGCAUCGGUAUAUAAUUAUAUCACUGUUAGCUUAACCAGCAUUUGUUUUAUCAGUACUUGUUUAAGAUAAAACCAACAACUUUUCCUGCUGAGCAAAUAACAUUUUUGGGUGCUAAA